UACUAAUUACCAGUGUAUCAUUUACUUAUUCAAUUCCUGCCUUACAGGUUAACUUUGGUGCUGAAGAUCCAUGGUUUACUCCUUUGACAAGAUAUACUUAUGUAGGCCACAUAUCACUGCAAGAUAGAGUUUUGGGUGGACAAGGACCAGCAACUAGAGAGGAAGCUGAGAUUAAAAGUUCGAUGUUUUAUGGGCGAAGGAAUGCUGCAUUGGAGCAUGAAGAUAAUAGUCAACGUUCUUGGAUAGCCCCUGAUGAUGCUGCAGGCAGUGACAUGGACGUGGCAUCACUCGAGGACGACAGUGACCUUGAGGAACUCAGCCUCGACGAGGAUACGUCUUCUACCUCGAGAUCUGAGCCAGGCUGUAAAUGCUUUUUCAGGAUUUCCAAAGUUCAGUGUGACACAAUGGCAAGACAAGGACGAAACCUUAGUGAUUUUCAAAUUUUAGAAUUGCUUGAUGCCUCAGACAAUGAGAGUGAAAUUGACUGUAUUGAAGCAGAGGUACUGUAUGAUAGUGACCUUGAUAAAGAAUAUGUGCCUAGUCAUCAGGAAAUGAUAGAAAGUUCUGACAGUGACUCAGAAGAAGACCUCCCACGCCGCCGCAUAGAACAAAGGCGGCUGGUCAGAAGAGGAAGAGGCCUAGGCACCUCCCUCCACCAUCUCACCUGAUAACAUCGCACUCCCUCUACUGGCCUUGCCACCUCUACUCCUGGCCCUAGUGGCUACUCUGUUCCACUUGACCAUGGUGAUCUGAUCCACAUUCAUCUACUGCUGCCCCUGCUGCAAUCCCUGCUACUGCUCCUGCUGGAACCCCUGCUACUACUCCUGCUUCUCCUGCUGCAACCCUUCCUGCUGCUGUCCCUGCUCCAACCCCUGCUACUGCUCCUGCUGCUGCUCCCCGAGGACAACGGCGACGACGUGCAGACGAUGGGGAGUUGCUAGUUACUUUUAACUCGGCAACUGUGAAAAGUAACUCUGGUUAUACGUGGCACACAAGGCCACAGGUGGCUGCCGCAAGAAGGACACCAGCUGGCAAUAUUGUGGUGUCAAGUAGGCCAGGUCCCACACAAGCAGCUUCUCAAUACACCACACCUGAGGAGUGUUUUGACCUGUUUAUGUCCACUGCAAUUGUUGAUCUUAUUGUGGACUUUACUAACAAGAAAAUUGAUGAUGUUGCCACAAAAUACAAGAGGAAGACAGCAACUGUACAGCACACAACAGCUGCAGAGAUACGUGCCCUUCUAGGUGUUCUAAUAUUUAGUGGCUACCGCAAAGAUAACCACCUAAAUACUAGGGAAUUGUGGUGCUCUGAGGUAGGGGCUUUGUUUUACAAGGCAGCAAUGUCUGAGGUCAGAUUCAAUUUUCUGCUAUACUGCCUCAGAUUUGACGACAUGGGCACACGUGAGCAGAGGCGGGCCACAGACAAAUUCGCUCCGGUCAGGGAAAUGUGGGACAUGUUCAUGGCAAACUGUGAGGAUAAUUACACACCUCACGAGAACCUCACAGUUGAUGAACAGUUGCUUGCUUUUAGGGGAAAGUGCCCUUUUAGAAUGUACAUCCCUAAUAAGCCAGCAAAGUAUGGGAUAAAAAUCGUUAUGGUGAACGAUGUCCAAAGUAAGUACCUGUUAAAAGCUAUUCCCUACCUAGGAAAAGCAGGUACAACAACAAGGCAUGGGCUGACGCUGGGCCACAUGUUCACCAAAGAUUUAACCAGCCGCUACCAGAACACGAACAGGAAUGUGACAACAGAUAACUGGUUCACGUCUGUGCCCCUCAUACAGGACCUCCUGACUAAUGGGCUGACAUUGGUGGGCACAGUCAGGGCCAACAAGCCAGAAAUCCCACCUGUCAUGAGGGAAAAGAAGGACCGCAGACCCGGGAGUUCAGCAUUCCUCUUCACAGAUGAUCUGACACUCGUAUCAUACGUGCCAAACACACAAACAACAAAGAAGAAUGUGCUCCUCCUUUCAAGUAUGCACACACAGCAAGUAGUGAAUGAUGUCACCGGAAAGCCUAACAUAAUUGAAUAUUAUAAUGAGACAAAAGGAGGGGUCGACACGUUCGAUCAAAUGUGUGCAACAUAUAAUUGCAGCAGAAAAACAAAUAGGUGGCCAUUGUGUGUUUUCUUUGGGAUGGUCAAUGCAAGUAUCAUUAACUCCUGGAUUAUAUACAAGGCAAAUAAUCCAACGCUACAACGCAAGGAAUUGCACCGAAGAAAAUUCAUGCAUGGACUGGCCCUGCAACUAAUCAAGCCCUCAGCGCAGGAACGGAUGAAUAACCCUUCUCAGCAUCGCCAGGUGAAGCUGGCCAUAAGACAGGUGUGCUCCCUCAACCUCCGCUCUGGCACAGCUGCAGGUGCUGGACCAUCGGCAGCCGAGAUGAGGAAACCCUAUGGUCCGUUGCACGAAGUGUGACUCCAAGGCAGACAAAAAGACACGUUUCAGGUGUCACAGCUGCCGCCAACCUGUUUGCCCGAGCCACUACUUCCCCUACUGCUGUGAUUGCAUAUAAGGCUGAGUUCCCGCAUCCCCCGUGCCUUGAUGACCCCCUGGGAUGAGAGCCUGACAUCCUUGGAAGCGUGUGGGAGCAUCUGAGCGAUUUUUUGGGGAGGGUUUUUUUUUGCUUAAUUUUUUUGCAAAAACAUUCAAAUUUUUUCACUUUUUUACAUUCCUUUCUUUUUGCUUUUUAAUUCAAGUUUCUGAAAGUAAGUAUUCUAAUUUAAUAGUUUCAUUACUAGGUAAUAGGGUUAUAUUUAGUGUGUAAGGGAUAGGAUUAAUAAAUUUGCAUAUUUAC